AUGAAUUCAUUUUACAAGGGGUCUUGUCUGUGGACUCGGUUUGUAAAUUGUCAGGACUGACCCUGACAUAGAGUGGUCUGAACUCUGAAGCACAGAAGAUCGUGCUGAGUGUAGACCUUGAAGCUUCAGCAAAGAAACUGCUGAAAUUUCUAGCAGUUAUUGACAGAAAUCGCACUCUCUAUGAAGGUCCUGCCUUAGACUGUGCCAUAUACAGGUACAAAAACUUCUGGCUUCCUCUGCUAGCCAAACAAUCUGAGCUUGAAGUCUUAGGAUGCCCUUUAGUUGUACCACUUGACUGUGAAUGGAUUUGGCACAUUCAUCGACUUAAUCCGACGCGUUAUAAGACAGAUUGUGAAGAGCAUUAUGGGAGGAUACUUGAUGAUUGCAAUGUUGAGUCAACCAUCCAAAGGACUAACCAUAACCAAAUGAAAGAAUUUUGGACAACUAUCUUCGAGAGCGAACCAUUCGAGCUUAAUUUAAGCACUCCCUUGAUGGAAAGUGGUGUUGUUAGUGAAGCCAGUUCUUAUAAGAGCAUGGACUAUGAUCUUGUAUCUGCUGUAAAAAGGCAGAGCACUUUCUUUUACCAGGUAUCUAGGCCAUUCAUGAGCCAUGACUUAUUUCUCAAGGAAGCAAUAGCUCGGUACAAGGGUUUUCUUCAUCUAAUUAAGAGGAAUAAGGAGAUGUCCAUGAAGCACUUUUGCAUUCCAACCUAUGAUAUUGACCUGAUAUGGCAUGCUCACCAGUUGCACUCAGCUACGUACUGCAGAGACACGAGUGCGAUUUAUGGUGAGGUACUUGAGCAUGAUGAUACCGAUUCUGAUAGAUCAGAAGCUAAGAAACUGAGUGUCGAGUUUAUGGAGACUACUAAGGCGUGGGAAGAGGUUUAUGGUAUAAGGUAUUGGAAAGCAGGAGCGUUGUAUAGAGGUAGUGCACCUUCACCUCUUACAGUUGAUGCUCAGCCGUUAAAGGACACUUGUAUUGGUGAUAUAUUUGCAAAUGGGAGUCAAAAUAUGAUUCAGCUUCCAAAGAGAAUGGUAAUGGAGGUUCUACUGGAGAUAGUGGGAGUAGAAGGAAUACCUCAAGGACAUGAAGAGGAAUUCUUCAUUUAUAUCAGUCAGAAAUGCCAAACUAAUCUUCGCUAUACAGCAAAGAAAAAGCUGAGCAUUUCUUCAGGAUCUGGGAAGAAACAGGUGGUUAAUUUGCAGUCCGCACCAACAGCAGAGCUGCUCGUUGAAUUGAUCUCCAGCUCAAGCACUACAAAACGCAGAAAUUCUGCCAAAAUUAUCAGUAGUGCUACAAUCUCAUUAAAUGAUGUUUUGCAUCCUGAACAAGAACUUUCAGUUGACAGAUGGUUCGAGUUGUUUCCACCCUCAGAAACUAAAGAAACAAAGCUGCCUAUAAGUCUACAUAUUUCUCUGUCGUUCACUCCUCCUAUUAGUGCUCCGUAUGUGUUGCAUAUGGCUCCUUCUGGUGGUGUCGUCAAUAAAACUUCUAUUCUAGAUGAGGCUGGAAACCCAGUUGUUGCACUCUAUAUGAGGUGCCUCGAUGAAAAACCUAGAGAAGUUAUCCGCGUGUUGGAAUCAAGGAAAGAAUCUACCCUUGCAAGAAAAGUGAAAAAUGGAUGGUCUUUGAUGGAAUCUCAGUGGGACUUUCAUCCACAGUACAAACCAGAGAUUAUGUAUGAGCUCUUAGGUGAAACAAAGGUCGUAUUCGUGCCUGGUAAGAAACUAGACUUUGAAACCAAGCACAACUGUAAAAAAGAUGAGCAGGACAACUUCAUUACAGCAGUUGAAUUUUCUACUAAAAAUCCUUACGGAAUAGCUUUGGCUCUUAUAGACAUAAAAGCCGGUGUUCUUCAGAUAAAGGAGGAGUGGUUCUUGCUACCAGGAACUAUAUCAGCCUACUGUAUCCUAUAUGAAGUUUACGGAAGAGAAUGGGAGAAGGAAUUAGAAGCACCUACACCAAAAGAAAUUGAGAAAUCAGCAGAUGCUAGGUCUUUUGCGUUGUAUGACAUAUUUAAUAAUGAUGCAUACAGUGCAGAAAGUGGUGUUAGUACUGGUGGUGGAGAUGACGGCGGAGGAAGCUGUAGUGGGGGCUCCUGUGGAGGAUCAUGUGGUGGUGGUUGUGGAGGAUGAAUAACUUGAGGCACUUGAAGGAAUAUGGCAGUAUGAUUGAUGUUCAACAUUGUAACUUUGAGUACAUUUCUGUACACAUAAAAUGAUAGUAUAACUACACUUUGUAUCUCUGAAGCACCUUGCGAGUAAUACCUAUACAACAAACUUAAGUAUAUCUCAAAUGAGAUGGAUUUAUUA